AUGGCCCUAAAACUCGACAAAAAUCAGCGAUGGCUACCAAGCAAAAGGUUUCUUUACGAACGCUGCGGCAUAUCCGUUCACUUUUCAGCCAUUCACAGAAAUUAUUUCAGUGCCUGGAAAUAUGUGACCAAGCAAGACAAGGAGUUUGUUCAAAGUCCUGGACAUCCGGAUCUCAGUGAUGGGCCCCCUAAAACUACGAGGGCAUCAUUCGCCAAUAAACCACAUUCAACCGGAAGUCAUGGCGCGGAACCGGUUCCUGAUGACUCCUCGGAUUGCAAUGAAGAAAGCAGCGAAGAUCACGGGCAGAAAAAAAACACAAAAACUAAUCGUAAAAAGCGAAUGUCUUCCUAUGAACUUGCCGAAAUUGUAGUAGCCAAAAAAAUUAAAUCGUAUACCGAGUUACUUGCUUUUGCUAGAGAGCAAAAACUUGAAGGCAAAACAGACGAAGCAGAAUUUGUUUUGAAUCGCGGGUCGAAAGUCGUUGCGGAAGUUUUGCAAACUGCAUGGGACAUGGAGAAUUCCCAAGAAACUCUACAAAGGCAAAAAAAGUCCCGAUUACAGUUGCUUUAUGAUUCUCUACAUCAGGAAUGCGUCCCUGAUUGUCAUGGGCGGUGGGUAACGAGUGCUAAAGAGGUUUUAAGUCGCAACGAUAUUUCAGUGUCCGGGUUUGCACAGUCAGUUCGCACUUUGUUAGAGAAAGGGAGAGGAAAACAUCGCAAUAUAAUGUUAAUCGGUCCUACAAACUGCGCCAAAACAUUUCUUUUGAAUCCUUUGAAUGUGAUUUAUAAUACCUUCUCGAACCCUGCCUCUGGCAGUUUUGCGUGGGUAGGCGCGGAGAAAGCUGAGUGCAUAUUUCUUAAUGACUUCAGGUGGUCAUCGUCCAUUAUACCCUGGCAUGAUUUUUUGUUGUUAUUGGAGGGCCAGUUAGUUCACCUACCGGCUCCAAAAACACACUAUGCGAAAGACCUUACAUUCAAAUCUGACACACCGAUCUUUGCCACUGCAAAAGGUUCUUUUGUUUACAUCCGCAGUGGUGUAUUAGACGAGCUGGAAACAGACAUGAUGGCUGUUCGCUGGAAAACGUAUUCCUUUCACUAUCAAAUUUCUAGUUCCCAGCAAAAAGAACUACCACCUUGUGGUCGAUGCUUUGCCGAGCUUAUUGUUGGGGACUCGGAAUGUUCUUGGGAUUAA